GCAUGCUACAGUGUCCACCCAUGUGAGGGCCACUGGAAUAAAUAGAUGCCGUGCAGACGGUCCCAUUCAAUCACUGCCUCCCAAUUGACAGGAAUAGGACAGGCAUACACUUAAUGUUACUAAACCCAGGACCCUGCAAUCACUGUAUCUGGUCUCCCCCGGACCCUGCAAUCACUGUAUCUGGUCUCCCCCGGACCCUGCAUUCACUAUAUCUGGUCUCCCAGGACCCUGCAAUCACUAUAUCUGGUCUCCCCCGGACCCUGCAAUCACUAUAUCUGGUCUCCCCCGGACCCUGCAUUCACUAUAUCUGGUCUCCCCCGGACCCUGCAAUCACUAUAUCUGGUCUCCCCCGGACCCUGCAUUCACUAUAUCUGGUCUUCCCGGACCCUGCAAUCACUAUAUCUGGUCUCCCCGGACUCUGCAUUCACUAUAUCUGGUCUCCCCCGGACCCUGCAUUCACUAUAUCUGGUCUCCACUGGACCCUGCAAUCACUAUAUCUGGUCUCCCCAGACCCUGCAUUCACUAUAUCUGGUCUCUCCGGCCCCUGCAUUCACUAUAUCUGGUCUCCCCGGACUCUGCAUUCACUAUAU